AUGUACCUCCGCGGAGCGCCGAACAGCAACAGGAACAUCACCGUCAUCUGGAAGGCCAAGAACUUCACCGUCCACAGCGUCGUCAGGUGGGUGGACACGCAGCUCCCCCGCCACCCCAAGCUGAAGGCGUUCUACAGGUCGAUAUCGCCCCGGCACUUCUUCAACGGGGACUGGGACAUCGGAGGCAGCUGCGACAACACCAGCCCUCUGGCCAAGGGAGGGAGCGGCGUCCACCUCGACCGUUCGGAGGACGCCGACGCUAAAGGCGCUGUGAGGGGCACCGGGGUCAGGCUCCUGGACGUCACUGCCCUGCCGCGGCUGAGGGACGAAGGCCAUAUUUCGCGGUACAGCAUCAAGGCCACUCCUGGCGUUCAGGAUUGCCUGCACUGGUGCCUUCCCGGCGUGCCCGACACCUGAAACGAGAUCCUUGCGGCCCAGCUAUAGCCUGUAGCUAAAUUUGAAGAUGCCAAGGGCUACAUCGAAUUGUUUAUGCAUGGGUGAAGCUCGUAUAUACAGUAACUACCACGGAGUACUACGUCGUUGCCAGAGACCCAAUGCUGCUGGUAGUGAAGCACUGAGCAGCAGUACAUUCUUUCGGGACCGUGCUUAACUGUAGAAAAUACAGGGCCAUUUUUUAUUGUUAAUUGGAGAACUGGAUUGAUAGAUAGUUCGGAAGUGUUGCCUGAGAGGUGGGGCAACGCAUCUUGCAGCA